AUGGACGCACAGAACUUAGCGAAUGCACAGCAACCUGGACAACCAAACCCAGAGAAUAUUCCAAAUGAAGUUAGAAUACAAACUGCAAUGGCAAACUAUGGUCAAGUGCCAACAGAUGUACAAAUGCAAACUGCCAUGUCAAAUGACGCUGCGUUAGGUUUGCCACCAUGGUAUGCAAAUAUGAGAUGGAAAGAGUUUUAUACAAACCCCGAAGUGGGAUAUAAACAACUUUAUGCAGAUGACGCGAACACAGGAGUUGACCCAG